UAAAUAUAAAACCAUAAAUAACUCCACUCCACCUACUGACGCAAUCCUCUCCUCUCUCUAUCUUCUUCCUCCAACCUCUGUAAACCCUAAUUCUCUAUCCUCCCUAAAAUCUUCCUCCAUUUUUUUUUCUUCAAGAUCCGUUAAUGGCGGAAGAAGAUGCUGUUGCUGUGCUCUCUGAAGCUCCUAUCGAUCACCACCACAAACGUAAGCUCGAAGAUAUGGAGGAACCUUCUCUUGACGAAGCGGCGCCUGAUUCUACUGCCGAGCUUGAUGGCGAACACAACGAGAUUGUUGACGCUGAAAAUGGCGGCGAAGAACCUGCUAAACGCCUUCGUUUGGAUGAACAACCUGAUUCUUUAGCAAGUGAGAACGGACACAAGCCGGAGGAGGAGAAUGGGAAUGCUGUGGUUGAUGCUGAAACCGAGGUGGCUGUUGAGAGCACUAAAGCGGCUGUUGAUGAUCAGGAAGGUGGCGAGGAAGGCGCUAAAGAGGUGGUUCCUGAAGAGAUUACUGAAACGGAACCUGUGGUUGCUGAGGGUGAGGAGAAAGUUGAUGCCAAAGAUGGUGAUUCGGAAGAGAAGGAUGCUGAGAUACCUUCAUCUGAGAAUGUUCCGCUGGAAGGUGGGGAAACGAAUGCCACUGAAGGUGCAGAACAAGGUGAUGUUGCGACUGAGCAACAAUAUCCUGAUUCUGGUAAUAAAAGCAUGACUCGGAGGAUUGAGAUUCCGAAUAAUAAGGUUGGAGUUCUUAUUGGAAAGUCUGGAGAUACAAUAAAGUAUCUACAGCUGAAUUCAGGGGCCAAAAUUCAAAUCACAAGAGAUGCAGAAGCUGAUCCGCGAUCUGCAACUAGGCCGGUUGAACUUGAAGGGACACUUCAAAGUUUAAACAAGGCCGAGAGUCUGAUAAAGGAUGUUAUAGCAGAGGCUGACGCUGGAGGCUCACCAUCCCUUGUGGCUAGAGGUUUUACUGCUGCUAUUACUUCUGGAUCAUUAGAAAUUGAGAUACCUGUUCCCGCUGACAAAGUUGGUUUAAUCAUAGGCAGGGGCGGAGAGACUAUUAGGAAUCUGCAGACAAGAUCUGGUGCACGCAUCCAGUUGAUACCACAAAAUCUUCCUGGGGAUCAAUCUAAAGAGAAAAAGGUGAAAGUUACUGGUGACAAGAAACAAUUGGAAAUGGCCCGGGAACUCAUAAAGGAAGUUAUGAAUCAGAUGCCUGGGAGGCCAUCACAAUUCUCUAGCAAUAGCUAUAGCCAGCAGGGUUAUCGUCCUCGUGUACCUGGCGGUGGUCCUCAAUGGGGUGGCCGUGGCCCUCAUGGCGGUCAGUCAAUGCCAUAUGACUAUCACCAGCGAGGUCCUUAUCCUUCUCAAAAUCAGCAAUACCCACCUCAGCCUUAUGGAAAUUAUCCUCCACAGGGCCCUCCAAGAAGUGGCUUUGGUUCUUGGGAGCAAAGACCACCAGCUCAAGGACCACCUUCUCAUAGCGGUGGAUAUGAUUAUUACGGACAAGGAGGACAUGGAGCAAAUGCUCCGGCGUCUGCUCCACACUCGACACACAUGCCAGGUCAUCAUGCAUCUGGCCCACCUUCGAUGGCACCUCCUCAUUCUCAAGCAAAUUACAAUUACCCCCAGCCUCGAGGUGCAGAAUAUGCUCACCCUACUCCUUACUCCCAAACUGCACCACCUGCUCAAAGUUACGGUCAUGGGUAUGGAGAGCCAAAGUAUGAUGCACAGGCACCAAUGCAGCAGCAGCAACCUUAUGCUGGACAAGGGUAUGCACCACAACAAGGCUAUGCACCUCAACAGCAAUACAAUAGGCCACCACCCUACGGCAUGCCAUCACAGGGUGCCCCCCCUCAGGGUUAUGCCCCUCCAGCCGCAAGUCAGCCUGCAGUAGAUACACCUUACCAAGCUCCUGUUUCUGCAGCUCAGCCUUAUGCUCAAAACUUGCCUCCACAGCAGCAAUAUCCACAAGCACCUUAUGGUUCUGCUCCUGUAGCAAACGAUGGCUAUAGUCAACCCCAACCUGCUGCAGCAGGUUACCCUCAGCAAGCGGCCCAGCCUGUUCCUGCUUAUGGGCAACAAGCCACUGGUUAUGCUCAAACUGCUGGAUCAACCACCGGUUAUGGUCAAUAUCCACCAACUGCACAAGCGAGCUACAAUGAUCAAGCUGCAGCUGCAGCUGCUAGUGCCGCAACCUAUGGGUAUCAGGGCCAAGUAGAUCCAUCAGCUUAUGCUGCAGCGGCGGGACAACAAGCCUACAGUGCGACACCUGCAGUGGCACAAGGCUAUGCUCAACCAGCUCCAACUCAAACUGGUUAUGACCAGUCAGCAGUGGCCCCUCAAUCUGGUGGUUAUGCUACCGCUCCUGUUGCUUAUGGAAAAACCCUGUCACCCCAGCCUCAGCCUGGCUAUCCACAGUAUGAUGCAUCCCAGCAGGUGUACACUGCACCUCGAUAAUUUAAUAUAUAAAACUGUGAUGAUGCUGAUUCGAUGUAAGGAAGCAUUUGCUGAUCCUGUCAAUUACAGUUAGUUGUAGUUUUCUGCCGUUGAGAGGACUCGUAGUAUUCGCUAGUAAGUAGAGUUUAUGAGAAACUGGCAAUUUUGUGUUCUUUCAUUAGCUAGAUAUUAGGGAUGUUGGAACCUGAAACCCAUUUGACAAAAUCAAACUAACUUCUAUGUGCAAGUGUUUUUCAUUUUCUUUACCCAA